AUGAGAUUCUUCAUCAUCCUUCUUUUGGCUCUUUUUGCUGUCACUGCUCUUGGUAAGUUCAAAUUAAAUUUAAAAAAUUGAAAAAUAUGACAAAUUUUAACCUUGUUUCCCUUUGAAUACCAUCAUAUACACCAUGACCCUUCAGGAGCUGCCCAACAUAAGAAGCCAGCUCACAAGAAACCAGCCCACCACCCUCCAGCCCACAAAGCUCCAGCUCACAAAGCCCCAGCCAAAGCCGGUACUAAAGCUCCAGUUGGAACUGGUGCCAAUUCAGCUGCCAAGACUACUAGUGCCGCUGCGGCCGCAACCACUGCCGCUUCUAAGUCCAAGAGGGAAAUUGAUCUGGAUAGAUUGCUUCAGGCUUAAAUAGUGUUAAUGUAUUGAUACUAUUAUAGACAAUAAACAUAGCGUAGCGAAUGACAAUUUGGGUGUGAAAUAGUGUACUAUUACCUUUCUUACGUUCUACUAGCCAUUUCUUAUUAAUCAUAGCGGCAUAUGACUUUUUAGAUAAAAAUAUUAGUGUCAAAAAAGUUUUCUCGUUUUUCAAUAUACAAAGAUCAUAUAAAUUGACGACAAAACUUCUUAUAAAGCCCUAAAAACCCAAAAAAUGUCAUUUUUUCAAAAUUAACAUAUUAGACUGUUCAAAUUAUCCUGUGCCCUCUCUGAAAGUAAGCUUUCGAGGUUAGAGGGCACAGUAUUAUUUGAAAAUAAAUAAGUUAAGCAAAUUUCGAGGUUAUGGGAGCUCAGAAUUAAUUGAACAUAAUUUAAACAAAUUUUAAAGAUUAGGGAGCACAGAAUUAUACAAACCACCUAAAAGUAACCAAUCUUCAGAAAAUACACUUUCCUUGACGGUGAAACCCACCGCCGUUAUGACAAGCCCAUAAUCGACGACGACCCUAUUCCAACUCCACCCCCACUACCUAUUCAUUCCGACUCCCAUGCCUACCUCCGCGACGACCCUAUUGAUGGAAUGGGCGAUCUUUCACGACCAAAGAUGAUACAAAGAAGAAAAGCGACAAAAGCAAAGAAAGAAGAACCUAAGAAAGAAGCAGAAGAAGAAAUAGAAGAAGAUCAAGAUGAAGAACCAGAACCAGUGGAAGAGAAAAAGAGUGGUAAAAAGGGAAGGGAAAAGAGCAAAGGAAAGAAGGAAGAGAAGAAAGAAGAGCCGGAAGAAGAAAAUGAAGAAAAAACAGAUGAUAACCAAGGAAACGAAGAAGAAAAUGAAGAUGAAAACAAUGAUGAGGUAAGAUGAGAUUACAAUGUAAUACUUGCGGUCAAAAAAGGCUUGGAAUUAUAGGCAAAAGUAGUAUUUUAUAAAGAACUCUAUAUCUCUACAAAAUUAGAAACAAAAACAUCAAAAACGGCUUGUUGGGCGGGGUAAAAAAAAAGGGGGGGGAGGGAGAAAGCAAAAAAUAAUUUCUUUUAUUUUUUUAAAGGUUUUAGGCUAAAAAUAUAUUUAAAAAUGCUAUUUUUACAUUUCACAUUGUAGCCAGAAGUCAACAAAGCCCUGAAAGAAGUCUUUGCUACAGCAACUGAGCUUCCCGAACCUGAGCCAGAAGAAAAUGAAGGUAAGUAA